AUGGAAAUGACCGAAGCUCACAAAAUGGAUGUCGAAGUUGAUCUAUCCGGAAAUCAGAUUCAAUACAUAGGAGAUGGUCGAGUUAGGUCUGUUCGUGCUCGAAGUUUACGACUGAGCAACAACAAGAUUAAAGAGAUCGCUGGCUAUGCAUUCACUGGGAGCACUUUUCUAAAACUAGCGCUAAACGGGAAUGAAGAACUCACUGAUCUCUCCACAGAUGCCUUCAAGGGAAUUACAGAACUACAUCAUUUGGAUCUUUCCGACACCUCAAUUAGUCAACUGCCAAUUAUUGGUUUAAAGAAUCUCAAGACACUUACACUUAAACAUGUACCAACACUGAAGAAACUGCCACCAGUUUUGAGUUUUACGCAUCUGGAAACUGCUCACUUCACUUAUCCGCAUCAUUGCUGUUUGUUCAAGUACGUUGACGACGUAGUGGAAGGAGAAAAUGGACUAUAUAAAAACAAUGCGAAGGAGAUUCAUCAUAGGAUAUGCAAACAAAGAGAAACACUCAGAUCACGACGGCAGGUAUCCAUUACACCUACUCUUGCGCCCUCAAACAGUGAUCUAUGGUCAAAUUUAUUUGAGCAAUGGCUGCGAGACACCGACGAGCUCCUCGACAACGACGACGAGGACCUUCCCGCCUUCGAUCCAUCUGAAAUCGGCGCCACUCGUUGCCUGGCGGUCGAGGAAGUGGCCACUGUGCAGGGAUUCUAUCAGAACAUCACUUGUACUCCACAACCUGAUGCAUUCAAUCCAUGCGAGAACAUUGUAGGUUUGUGGUUUCUUCGCCGAGCUAUCUGGGCAGUAUGUACAGCUGCUAUCGUUGGCAACGUACUCGUAUGGGUAAUUCUGGCACUGGCAUUCGAGAAGCGAAUGCGUGUUCAUUACUUGUUCAUGAUUAAUUUAGCUAUUGCAGAUUUUAUAACAGGUGUGUAUUUGGCAGUGUUAGCUGUUCAGGAUGUACGUACGGGCGAUGAGUACUAUAGACAUGCGGUUGGCUGGCAAACCAGCUGGGGUUGCAGUAUGGCCGGCUUUUUUGCUGUUUUAUCAAGCGAAUUGAGCAUUACAUCGAUGUUUUUCAUCGCGUUUGAAAUGGCCUAUAAUACGAGGAACGCAUUCUACGGACAACGACUGCGUUUCUCGAUCGCAUGCGCUAUGAUGGCUGGAGGAUGGACAUUUGCUAUAAUCAUGGCCAGCUUUCCUCUGCUGGGAGUGUCCAGCUACACAACAGCCAGUAUAUGUCUACCGCUUAGGCUUCACAAUUUUGCAGAUAGGGCAUAUCUUAUCUUCCUACUACUGUUCAAUCUGCUGGCUUUCAUCGCUAUGGUUGUGUGCUAUGGAUUUUUGAUGUUCAUGCUGAAGGAUCCUAGCACACCAUCUCGAGCAGAGGACAAUCUAAUCAUCAAGAAAAUGGUUUGGUUAGUGGGAGCUGAUUUUCUUUGCUGGUUCCCUACACUUUUCUUCGGACUUUCCGCUGCAAUGAACUAUCCGUUAAUUUCUCUGAGUAGCGCGAAAUUUCUGCUUGUUUUCUUCUUCCCCAUAAAUGCCUCCGCGAAUCCGUUCCUGUACGUGUUUUUCACCAAGAUAAUUCAGCGGAAUGUCCGGACUAAAGCGAUGCCAAUGAUAAGACGGAUAACGAGCACCUCCGGUGUGGCUUUGAACACUCUAUCCAACUUCUAUCACUCGCAGCCUCCAGGAAGACGCGAUGAGGUGGGCAGCCCAACUCGAUUAGGUGUUAGUCAAAUGACGUCGUUGAACAGUACUCCUCGUGGAUCAAAUUGUUCCACAAUGCCGACUACGGAGACCGAUAUGCCGGACACGCCACGAAGGUCUUCUCCACGGGUUUCGUUCCAAGACAACAUUUCUUAUUCGUCUCGGCCAUCAUCGGAUUCCACAAGGCCAUCGUUCGGGUGGUCCAAGAGGAUCUCAUCAAUUCCCGAGGUGUCUGACUUGUCUGAACAUUCCAGUGAGAGUCAUCAUGAGCAUGUUCCGACACAGAAGAACACUUUCACAUCUGAGAGUCGGCCUCGCUUCGGCCUGAGCUUGAAUCGUUUCGGCUUCGGGGGUCAUCGGCAAAGUAGCGGUGGAAUGGAUUCCGGAAGAGGAAGCAUGGCCUCUGUAUCCACGCGUGAUACUGGUGAACGGUCUUCACUGGCUAGUCGUGAUGGAGGAUCCAUCGACACCGACUCCAGUGCGCUCGUCGUGGAUGCCGCGUUUACUGAGUCGUCAGCGGACCAGCUCAUUAAUACGACCACAACUUGUGGUAUCCGACUACACACAGAUGGAGAACAUUACCUCCACCAGCUAGAUGCGCUGACAAGAAAACGAGUAUACUCCAGAAUGAAACCAUUCAAAAAGCGAUAA